CUGGGACCCACAAAAUGGCGCCGAAGAGGAGUGCAAUAACAGAGGGCCCAUCGAAGAUGGCGCGGAGGUCUAAUAUGGCUUCGAAGCAAUCCAAGAUCAGCGAUACCAUGGACUCUAUCAAAAAGGGGAUUCCUGACAGAUACGCCCAAAAGAAAUCACUGGAUGUCUCGCACAAAGACCAAAAGAUCGUAAAGAUCGAAUCAACAAAACCACCUGUCCAAGAAACACCGAAAGAGGACUUGCGGUGCGAAAUUGAGCCUGGUUUAUUCAUCGACAGAGAGGAAGCCGAUGCUAGAUUGAGAGUUUUCGAUCUCAACACCAAGUAUGGGCCAUGCAUGAGCUGUACACGACUGGAACGGUGGAAUCGAGCAAAGAAAUUGAACAUGGAUCCUCCCCAAGAAAUACUUAGUAUAUUAGAAACAUUCCCUGAAAUGGCAGAUAGAUCCAUUUGGCAUGGCAGGGUACAUCCCGAGGACGCAAUCGUUGGGUAGUGAAUCAUGACUCCAUACAUGGAUCUAGAUUUGAUGAAAACUUAAAACUUUUUUUGUUCAGUCCGCUCAGACUUUAUUGUGAUUGAUAAAACAGAUUAAUUUGCCAGCUGUAAUUUACAGUAACAAUACAAGAAUCUUCUACUUUU